CCUGCUGAACAAAACAAAGCCAUAAUCACUCUCCUGGAUUUUUGGUUUUUUCUGCUGUUUUCUGGCUGACAACACCGGCUGCGAUACCUGCCCUUGCGGCUUCCGUGUUCCUAGUGACCUUUGAGUGGUUUAAACCCCCCUUAGGCUAAAAUGUGGGCCGGUGUUUACUCAAGUGCGAGCCGCCUAUGCCCGGAGGCCGGGCCAGCGUGCUGCUGCCAGAGGCGUGAUCGAGAGCUCGAGCGACUGCAUCUUAAGAUGGACAAGGUUCUCAACGACAUGCAAUUUAUUAAAAAUUCUGUUAGUGGCCAGAUGACGACUGCGGUGACCAGACAGAGCCCCAGAAGAGACAUGCUGGCUGAUGAAAACAAAACUUAUUCGUCCCGCUGCCAACCUGACAAAACUGCACCAGAUUCGAGGAUGACGUUAGCUCCGGCUCAAAUCUUCACAAUCGCUGGCGACCUUUUCACCGACGCCCCCCCGCAGUCAGCCAUGGCACACUGCGUCGGAGCCGACUUCCUGAUGGGGGCUGGGCUGGCAGUUACCUUCAAGAGGAGAUUUGGCUUCCAAGGGUACUUGCAGUCCCUUGGCCUGCGCCCGGGCGAGGUCGCUCAGGUUGUAUGCGACAAAGAGGACCGACUCAUCUUCCACCUGGUAACGAAACCUCGUUCAGCCCACUGCAGACCCCUGCCAGACGACUUCCGUGCAGCUGUCUUCGAGCUGGCGCGGCGGUGUGCCAAGGCGAAGGUGUCGACACUCUCGAUCCCCCGUAUAGGCGCUGGUCUUGACCGUCUCCCCUGGCCUUGGGUGCGCGGCGUGCUUGAGGAGGCCUUUGCUGGAAAGGACAUUGAUGUCCUCGUGUUCACGCAGCCCGCAGAGAGACAGCAGCGUAAGCAGAGAACGGUGGCCCCGAAGCGAAGUUGGCCUAGCGGCGCCCGUAAGACCGCUCGAGCUCCUGAAGCCGCUGUGGAGGGUGGAUCAGCUGGACACGGGGAGGGCAUCACUGCGACAUCGGGGGCCACCACCUCCCCCUCUGUGUCCAGUCCCACCCUGGCGGCCAGUAACUCAGACCCAUCUCGACACGUGGCCGCAGCUGCAGAGUCCCGGCCAGCGAGCGCCUCUACAAUGACUGUAAGAGGAGAUGCCAGUUGUUCUUUGAGGACGGUUCGGGCCCAGAGUCUGACGUGGAGCAGCCCUCCCCCUCCGCCCCCUGGCGUAGCAGUGCCAACCCUGAUUUAAAAGCUGCUAAAAUUACUGUCACGACCUCAACGGGUGGUUCCGCCGGACGCCAUCCGAAGGCCUGUGUUGUGACAGGGGCUCUAUCUUCCUGUGCGUCCGGCCCCACCCCAACAACCUACCCCUCAGGUGAUGUUAAUAAC